UCCUUAUACAAUAAUUUUUUGUGCUAGUACAAUUUUAUUGGAAUAAAAGUCAUGUUUAUAGGUAUAGAAAAGAGUUGAGUGUGCACAAAGAGCCCCCAAAACGUAUGCAAAGUGCGAAGUCACCCAAGGAAAGAAGAUGAGUAGGCAUUCUCUCAAAGUGCCUCACGCUUGAUCCUGUGCUUUGAGAGCCUGUUAGAAGUAAAGUGGGCUCAAGCUCAAGGUCAAGCCUAGGGCCCAGGCUAUAUUGUUGUCUCACAAUAAAUCCUCUGGCUCUGUCUCUGUCUCUUAUAUCGUUGGGAAAGGUCUUCAUUUUGGGCUAGGCUUUUGGUUUAGGAAACAUUUAAGGCCCAUACUGCGGCCUGCAAAAAAUUCUCAAAAUGAAUUUAUCAGACUGUUGAAAUGUACCUCUAAGUUGCUUUGUCUCCAACGAGCAGCUGGUAUUCUUCUAAGACUUUUGGCUUUACUGGUGCAAAUAUAAAGAUGCUACGCCCUUUGAUUUAAUGGAUGGACUCUAUAUUUGCGCCUUCUUGAUGUUUCCGCCGCCUGCAUUCUACAUGGAACUCGUUUUCCGCAAAUGGGUAUUUGCAUUUCUCCUCUGUUGUCGGCUUAUUUUCUCGUACUCGGUGGACUUAGUACAAGGGGGUGAAAAAGUUAGAGGAGUGAACCUGGGAGGGUGGCUGGUUGUGGAAGGCUGGAUUAAACCUUCAUUGUUUGAUGGCAUUCCAAAUGGAGACAUGCUCGAUGGAACAGAGGUUCAAUUCAAGUCACUGAUGUUGCAGAAGUAUGUAUCUGCAGAGAAUGGAGGAGGCAUGGGUGUUACAGUAGACAAAGAUGUUCCUUCUUCAUGGGAAACCUUCAGGUUAUGGAGGGUUUCUGAUUCAGAGUUUCAGUUCCGCACUUCUCAAGGGCAGUUUUUAACAUGCGAUGGUGAGGGAGGCUCUGUCUCUGCAAUGGCAGGAUCAUCGUCAAUAAAGGAAACAUUUUAUGUUGAAAGAAAUUAUGACAACAGAGUUCACAUCAAACUGAAGAAUGGGAACUAUCUGCAGGCUACACUAGCUAAUCAGCUCUCAGCAGACUAUCCAGGGAUGCCAGGAUGGGAUGAUAAUGCAGCCACAUUUGAAAUGACAAUUGUAGCAAAUAACAUACAUGGUGAUUACCAGCUUGCAAAUGGGUAUGGACAUGAUAAAGCCAAAGAAGUUCUUAAGAGACAUAGAAACAGCUUUAUCACUAUAGAAGAUUUCAUUUUUCUGUAUAGACAUGGAAUAAAUACUGUGAGGAUUCCUGUUGGUUGGUGGAUUGCUUUUGAUCCUAAUCCACCGGCUCCUUUUAUUGGGGGAACUUUGGAAGCUCUGGAUAAUGCAUUCUCAUGGGCGCAAGCCUAUAAUAUAAGGUGCAUAAUUGACCUGCAUGCGGCUCCUGGCUCCCAGAAUGGGAUGGAACAUAGUGCUAGUAGAGAUGGUUCAUCUGGCUGGCCUACAUCUGCAAGUUACAUUUCACAAACAUUGGAUGUGAUAGAAUUUUUAGCUUCCAGAUAUGGGAAACAUCCUACUCUGCUGGGAAUUGAGCUUUUAAAUGAACCAUCUGCUGCCUCAGUUUCACUGGACCUCUUAGUUUCAUAUUACAAGCAAGGCUAUCAAAUAGUUCGAAAGUAUUCUUCAGAAGCUUAUGUGAUAGUUUGCCAAAGAAUUGGCAUUGCAGAUCCGUCGGAACUUUUUCAGGCUGACAUAGGAUCUUACAACCUGGUAGUAGAUUUACAUUACUACAAUCUCUUCGACAAUUUCUUUGUUAACAUGAACCCAUUGGACAAUAUCCAAUUUAUUUACAACAGCAGGGAAACUCAAUUACGGGCUCUGAACAGAGCAAAUGGUCCACUGGUUUUUAUUGGGGAAUGGGUGAACGAAUGGAAUGUUGCAAAUGCUACUCAGAUGGAUUAUCAAAAUUUUGGAAGAACCCAGUUAGAGGUUUAUAAUGCAGCUUCCUUUGGAUGGGCUUAUUGGACACUCAAAAAUGAUAGAAAGCACUGGGAUUUUGAAUGGAACAUACGGAACAAUUAUCUCCAAUUGGGAAGUUCACCAAACAGGCAAGUGUCUAACAGUGCAGUGUUACUUGGAUUAGUGUGUGGCUAUCUCUAUCUGCAUCACAUGGUAUGAUAUAUCCAACCAAAGUUGCGUACUGAUCUAGAGUUAAAGAGGGAGAUACAAAUGUGGCUCAUCCAUGUCCUUUCUUUGUUGUUGUUCAACCAUCACACUCAAAUAUUCUACAAAUUUGCAAGUGAUACAAGUAAUGUUGUUAGAGCAGAAAGGAUAGAGGAAAAUUGUGAAUGAUCUAAGAAAGCAUUCAGAGAAUUUAGGCUGUGUUACAUUUACUCUAAAUAAUAUGCACAGGAAAAAAAUUGCUCCUGUUUUUGAA